AUGGAAGAUUCACCAGUGGAGCUGGAGCUGGAUCCCCCAACUAGCCAGCGAGCUGCCCCCCAUAAGAUCACAUCAGGAGGAAGGAAGUUUAAUACAAGGGCUCUGACGGUAAAGGACAUCGAGCGGGUGGUCCAGUUCAUCAGCUCCUAUGCCGAGGAGCAUGCAUUGGUGAUACCUGGUCGUGUCAGUGGGGUGAAGUGCCAGGACCCAAGGGUGCGCUUACUUCCUUCAUCUGAGACGAAAUCAUCAGUAUGGAGGAAAUAUCAGACUUACAUGGGGGAUAUGAACUCUACACGGAGACUUUCAGGUGAUCCAGAUUUUUGCAUCGUAAAGCAAGUGACAUUCACAAAGCUGUGGAGCCAGUACUGUCCCUUUGUGUUGACCACCAGACCAAAGACAGAUCUAUGCUGGGUAUGCCAACGCAAUAACAGUCUUGUUUACCAGAGCGCCAACCAGCUGGAUGGAGAAAAGCUCGCACAGCUGAGACGCCAGGAAGAACAUCUACGGGUUGUAAACAUGGAGCGUGAUCUCUACCGAUCCAUGGUUGCAGAUUGUAAGCAAGCUGUCGGAGAGGAACACCUUGGUCUUCAUCAGCCAGCUUCUCGACGGGGGACAGCUCACUAUAGUUUCGACUUUGCUCAGCAAGUCCAUUACCCUCACAAUCCAAACCAGCCGGGCCCCAUGUAUUUUCUUUGCCCUCGCAAGUGCGGCAUAUUUGGAGUUUGCUGUGAAGGAAUCCCUGAACAGGUAAAUUACCUAGUGGAUGAGGGUAUGUCGUCAUCUAAAGGAUCUAAUGCGGUCUUGAGUUAUUUACACCAUUUUUUUCUUCACUAUGGCCUGGGUGAGGAGAAUGUUGAACUCCACUGCGACAAUUGCUCGGGGCAGAACAAGAACAAUUUUGUAAUGUGGUACUUUGUCUGGCGAACACUUCAUGGUUUUCAUGAUAACGUAGCAGUGAACUUCCUCAUCGCCGGCCACACAAAGUUUUCACCGGACUGGUGUUUUGGCCUGCUUAAGCAGAGAUACCGAAAGUGCGUAGUCAGCUGCCUGGGGGAUCUUGAAGAGGUUGUUCGCACCAGUACAAGGAGUGGUGUG